AUGAAUCGUGCAAAGCGAGAAGCGGGCUUGCUCCCAGCAGCGACACAUCGAGGGCAGAAGGAGGAACCAAAGAAAAAUCGAAAGGAAACUGAAAGAAAACCGGAAAAACCCGUCAACUUGACCAUUAGACAUCCAAUCAGUCCCACCGAACGUAUGGUCAAAGUGCCUGCAUCAUUUCAGCAACCGGAUAAUCCACGGCUAUGUAAAGUGGCACUGUUAGGUGCUGCCAACGCUGGAAAAUCCACAAUAAUCAAUAGUCUGAUUGGAGAAAAUAUUUCAGUUGUAUCGGCCAGGGCUCAUACCACAAGAGAACGCAUAUUAGCAUCGUGGACAAAGGAUAAUUAUCAAGUUGUGUUUCUGGAUACUCCUGGUAUCAUAUAUGGUCGCAAUCAAUCCAAGAUGAACCGUAAUCUGGUCAAUGCAUCAUGGCAGUCCUUAAUAGAGGCUGAUCACUUGUUAGUUGUUGUCGAUGCUGCCAAAGCUAUCUCCGGUAAAGCGCAAAAUGCAGAAGAUUACUUGUUCGAAAGAUUGGAGGAAUUUAGUAUACCGGCAACACUGAUAUUGAACAAGGUUGAUCUCAUUACUGAUAUGGAAGCUUUGAAAGACAUGGCCACUGAGCUGCAAACUAGAUAUCCACACUUUGAAUCAACAAUGUACAUUUCAUGUUUCAAAGAGGACGACUUGCAGCAACUUGGGAACAAGCUACAAACAUUGACGAAAAGUCAAGACUGGAUUUUUCCUGCAAAUCAGACGUCUGAAAUGCCAGAUAUCAAGCGAGUCGAGGAUAUCAUAAGGGCAGAGUUCUUUCAAAGACUCUAUGGAAACCUUCCCUACGUGCUAACUCAAGAGAACGUUGGCUGGACAGAGCUGCCGAACGGAAUGCUUAGAAUUGACCAGGACAUACUGGUAGAGCACGACAGUCAGCAAAAGAUUGUGAAAGGUGCGGGAGGAAAUGUGAUUAACAGCGUGCUCAAGAGCGCUCGAGUACAAAUUGAAAGGGCUCUGAAGCGACCAGUGAAAUUGUUUUUGCAAAUCAAGACGCGAUGA